GUAAUGAUAAAAUCGGCUAAACUGGAAUGGGCGCUGAACAAUUUGCAAGAAGCGCUGAACUUGCUGGACGAGGCGAUCAAAGUGUUCAGUGACUACGCCAAGCUGCACAUGAUGAAGGGACAGAUUGAGGAGCAAAUGAAUAGAGAUGACGACGCGCAUAACACUUAUACACAAGGAGAGGCGAGAGGCGAGAAGUGCGGCGAGAGAGGCUCGGGCGGCGGCGCGCUGGAGGCGCUGCGCCGGCACUCGCGGCAGGUGGCCGCGCGCCGCGCGCGCCGUGUGCAGUGCAUAGUGCAGCCCAACAUGCAGCCCCGCAUGCAGUGCGAUCUUGGCACGAACUCGCCUCCCGCCGCGCUCCCCGAGCCCGGUGCGCCCGAGCGCAUGCGCCUUUCGCGCCUCAAGCUCGCUAUCAAGCUGCGCCAGAAGAAGUUCGUGGCACACCCUAACGUGCAGCAGCUGCUGGCCUCCAUCUGGUACGAGAGCGUGCCGGGCUUCCGCCGCAAGAAUAUGCUGCUGCAGGCGGCGGAGAUGACACGCAUCGGCGCCAUGUUCCCGCUCUACUCGCUGGCGUACAUCGCCGCGCCACACUCGGCCCUCGGCCGCACGCUGCGCAAGCCUUUCAUCAAGUUCCUAUGCCACUCCGCCAGCUACUUCAUGUUCCUUUUCCUGCUGAUCCUGGCAUCGCAGCGGAUCGAGACGGCGGCGGGCGGGGUGCUGUGGGCUGCGCCUCGCGCGCCGCCCACGGCGCCGCUGUCGCGCCGCGGCUCGCUACCCUCGCUCAUCGAGUGGCUCAUACUGGCCUGGGUCAGCGGGCUGAUCUGGAGCGAGGUGAAGCAGCUGUGGGACAUGGGGCUGCGCGAGUACGUGCACGACAUGUGGAACGUCAUUGACUUCGUCACCAACUCACUGUACGUGGCGACGAUCGCUCUCCGCGUAGUCUCCUAUUUCCAGGUCCGGCGCGAGAUGGCGCGGGAGCUGCAGUGGAACCAGCCGCGGGAAAAGUGGGACGCGUGGGACCCCAUGCUGCUCUCGGAGGGCCUCUUCUCGGCCGCUAACAUCUUCAGCAGCCUCAAGCUGGUGUAUAUAUUCAGCGUCAAUCCACACCUCGGGCCGCUGCAGGUCUCCCUCAGCCGCAUGGUGCUCGACAUUUUAAAAUUUUUCGUUUUGGACAUUCUCGUUAUCUUCGCGUUUUCUUGCGGUUUAAAUCAGUUGUUGUGGUACUACGCGGAAAUGGAGAAGAAGCGGUGCACUACGGGCUCUGCGGUGGGCGCGGCGGCCAACGGCACCGUCGUCGACCCCGACGCAUGCAUCGUGUGGCGACGGUUCGCUAAUCUGUUCGAGACGAUGCAGACGCUGUUCUGGGCGGCGUUCGGACUAGUGGACCUGGACUCCUUCGAGUUGGACGGCAUCAAGAUCUUUACGCGCUUCUGGGGCAUGCUCAUGUUCGGCACGUACGCCGUCAUUCAGGUCAUCGUGCUGCUCAACCUGCUCAUCGCCAUGAUGAACCACUCCUACCAGCUCAUUUCGGAGCGCGCCGACGUGGAGUGGAAGUUCGCGCGCAGCAAGCUAUGGAUCAGCUACUUCGAGGAGGGCGGCACGGCGCCGCCGCCCUUCAACGUGGUCCCCUCGCCCAAGUCUGCGCUGUACGCCUGGCGCUGGCUGCAGCGCCGGCUGUGCGGCCACGCGCGCGCCAAGCGCGAGCACAUGCGCACCAUCCGGAGGAAAGCCAAGCAGGCGAAUGAACGAGAUUUUCGAUACCAGGGCAUCAUGCGCAACCUGGUGCGGCGCUACGUGACGGUGCAGCAGCGGCGCGCGGAGAGCGGCGGCGUCACCGAGGACGACGUUAAC